CAGCACUCUCCUACUCUCUCUCUCUCAGCUGCUCUUGCUCCCCUCCCCUCUCUUCCCGUGGAUGGUGUAGCUCUCUCGCUCUCUUUCUCUCUCUCUCUCUCGCAGUCUGGUGGAGCCGCACACAAGGAUUAGAGGGUUGCUGUGAGUGUCUGCUCAAAGAGAAGAAGCCAGAAGACAGAAAGAGAUAAAAAAACGAAUUCUCUAGAAAAGGAUAGCCUUACUUUUGUGGAUAAGUAAUCUGAUUUACCUUCACACUUCCUCUCAUCUCAUUCACGCCAAGCUGAAGCCUUGCUGAGCCUUCACCUGGGGGAGAAGAAAUAAGCCAAGGGACUAUAAAGCCUGGACCUCCACACGGGGAGCCAUGUGAGCGGCACCCCUCCACCCACUUCACACUACAGAAGUACCCCCACAGUCUGCACACUGAGCUGGGGAGCACAACCAGGAUUUUUCCCCCCUCCCUGGAACCUCCACUUUCAGGGCUCGCGUGGAGGGACUCUCCAGGCUCGGCGUACCCUAGUGGGAGACACUCAUCUCUGGGCACUGGUCGGGGUGUGAGUGCCCCCUGGUCUGGAGGCCAGCCAGCAGCACUCCAGCACCAUGGAUUACCUGUUUGGGAUUGUAGUGCUGCUGUGCGGGGCGGUGCAGCCGGGAAGAGGUGUUGAGCCCAAGCACAACGUACCCAGGCUAAAGCUGUCAUACAAGGAGAUGUUAGAGUCCAGUAACCUUGUCACCUUCGAUGGCUUGGCCAACAGCUCGAGCUACGACACUUUCCGAUUGGAUGAAGAGCGAGGGAGACUAUUGGUUGGAGCCGAGGACCACAUCUUCUCAUUCGACCUUGUCAACAUCAACAGAGACAACAAAAUGAUUGCGUGGCCUGCCACCCCCUCUAAGAGGGAUGAAUGCAAGUGGGCAGGGAAAGACCUUGGGAAAGAGUGUAAUAACUUCAUCCGGGUCCUACAACCCUACAACCAGACCCAUCUGUACAUCUGUGGCACAGGAGCCUUCCACCCCAUCUGUGCUUUUCUGGAAAUGGGCAAGAGGGCAGAGGACAACAUCUUUCGACUGGCCUCACAUUUCGAGAACGGCCGCGGGAAAAGCCCCUACGACCCCAAAAUGCUCUCAGCCUCACUUCUGAUUGAUGGAGAGCUGUACUCUGGCACAUCUGCUGAUUUCAUGGGAAGGGACUUCGCUAUUUUCCGUACCCUGGGAGAUCAUCAUCCAAUCAGAACAGAGCAGCAUGAUUCAAGAUGGCUGAAUGACCCCAGGUUCAUAGGUGUAAACUUGAUCCCAGAAAGUGACAACCCUGAAGACGACAAGAUCUUCCUGUUUUUCAAAGAGAACGCCAUGGACGGAGAGCACACUGGCAAGGCUACCAUCGCCAGGAUAGGACAACUGUGUAAGAAUGACAUGGGAGGUCACAGGAGUCUGGUGAACAAGUGGACCACUUUCCUCAAAGCCCGGCUAAUGUGUUCAGUGCCCGGGGUCAACGGCAUUGAUACACACUUUGAUGAGCUACAGGAUGUGUUUCUCAUGAGCUCCAAGGACCCAAAGAAUCCAGUUAUCUACGCUGUAUUCACCACAUCCAGUAACAUUUUUAAAGGCUCAGCGGUGUGUAUGUACAACAUGGCAGACAUCAGGAGGGUUUUCCUGGGUCCCUACGCCCACAGAGAUGGACCCAACUACCAGUGGGUGCCUUUCCAAGGGAGGGUGCCUUACCCCCGCCCUGGCACUUGCCCCAGUAAGACAUUUGGGGGAUUCGACUCCACCAAAGACCUCCCUGAUGAUGUCAUCACCUUCGCCAGGGGUCACCCAGCCAUGUACAACCCAGUGCACCCGAUAGGCGGGCGUCCCAUCAUGGUGCGGACAGACGUGGACUACCAGUUCUCCCAGCUGGUGGUGGACAGAGUGGAGGCAGAGGACGGACAGUAUGAUGUCAUGUUCAUCGGGACAGACAUGGGCACAGUGCUGAAGGUGGUGACGAUCCCCAGAGAGAGCUGGCAUGACCUGGAAGAGGUGGUGCUGGAAGAGAUGACUGUCUUUAGGGAGCCUACUCCCAUUACUGCUAUGGAGCUGUCCACCAAGCAGCAACAGCUGUACCUUGGCUCGAAUCUGGGUGUAUCGCAGAUGUCUUUACACCGUUGCGAGGUGUAUGGGAAAGCUUGCGCUGAGUGCUGCCUGGCCAGAGACCCUUAUUGCGCCUGGGACGGCACCGAGUGCUCAAGAUACUUUCCUACCGCCAAGAGGCGAACCAGAAGGCAGGACAUUAGAAAUGGAGACCCUCUCUCCCAGUGCUCAGAUCUUCAGCAUCAUGAAGACACUGACGCCGUAGGAGGCAGCGUGGAGGACAGGAGUGUGUAUGGCGUGGAGAACAGCAGUAUGUUCCUGGAGUGCAGCCCAAAGUCUCAGAGAGCGCUCAUUUACUGGCAGCUGCAGAAGCCCAACGAUGAUCGCAAGCACGAGAUCAAGCUAGAUGACAGGGUGGUCCGUACAGACCAGGGCCUGCUCAUACGCAGUCUGACCCAGUCUGACACAGGGGUCUACCAUUGCCAGGCUGUCGAACACGGUUUUAUCCAACCCCUACUGCGCCUCAACCUCCAGGUCAUCCCCACCCAGAGACUGGGUGACAUCCUACCUGGUCUUUCCAGUGCAGGAGGCGGGGUAGGUCACUCUGCCAAGCACAGGCUGUGGUAUCGAGAUUUCCUGUCUCUCUUGGACCACCCAGACCUCAACAGCGUGGAGGAGUUUUGCGAUCGAGUAUGGAAGAAGGAGCGCAAACAAAAGAGGGUGAAGACGCCCAAUGGCAACAGUCAGGGUAAACCUGAAAGUACCGGCGGUUCCAACUCUGCAUUACGGCCUAAAGCUCCCAACACCCAGAAGCAGCAAGCCAGUCCACCACAGAGCAGGCCAUGGCUCCAGGCUGGAGCUCCAACAGUGGAAGGGCCAGUACGGAGCCAGAAUACCCAGAAAGGUCAACCAAAUCUGGGUAUGUUGAGUGGCCAGGCACCUCAGAACAACCAGAAGACGCAAAACGGCCAAAAGGGGCAGGACAGCGUGGCUGGUUCUCAGGCGGCAGGGGGGUCUCGGGCGAGCAGCCAGCACGCGGCCAAGUGGAGACGGAUGCAGGAAAAUAAGAAGGGGCGCAACAGGAGGACCCAUGAGCUUCAAAGACCCCCACGUAGCGUUUGAGAAAAAAAGCACAGAGAUGCACACAUGUAACCAGAUCUACACACACAAGCACAAACCCAUGCAACCACACAUAUACACACAAGCACAUUCUAUAGAUUGUGUAUCCAAUGUAUGAUUCAGUGACCUCGCCAUGACAACAGCAGAACAAAACCCCAUAAAAAACAGCAACACACACUUUUAGGUAGAAAUACAUGAACUGCACUCGUGUAACAACAAUAAAGCUCUCAUUCAAAGACAAAUACACCUGUUAAGAGGACAAAGAUUAACAGAGGACUGAAAAACUGGAUUGCAUACUGUAAAUGUGUGAGGAUAUGGCUGGUUGCCUGGGAUACUGCCUGGCAGACACUUCAACCUCCUGUACAUAAGCUACUAAAAUAAGAGUGGGACAAAAAUGUUUAGUGAGGUGUUUGUUGGUAAGCAGAUGGACUUAAUAUGCUGAGAGGACAGUAGGGGAGACAUUAAUAGAUACACAGACUUUAAUGGAAGCAGAAAUUAUGCAUUCACUGCAGCCUGCUGCCCUCUUUGACCUGAGCAUGUGAACUGCAAGAUAGUGUACAUGGAAUGGAUUAAAAACUCUCAUUUUGACGAACUGUUUGAGGAGAAAAGAACCUCCCAGCUAGUCUUUCAAGUCAUGACAACAGCACCCUUAAAAGGAGGAAAGGGAAGGGAUGCAAUUCACCUCGAGGUGUGCACAGCUGGCACCAGUGGCCCUCAUGUUGUUUAAAAACAAAAUAGAAGCAUUAUUACAUGCAAAAACUGCAAAGUCAUGCUGCGGUGCAGAGAAAGUGCUUCAUCAUGACCUUCUCCACUUGAGGCUGGGAAAGCAUUGUGCAUGUUGUUGUCAAUCAGUGUUUUAAUAAGCUAGUUACUUUAUGGGAUUCUAGAGGCUUUUUUUUUUUUACACCCUCCCUAAAAAAAAAAAAAGUUACAUUUUUCUUUUAUAUUUACUUUCCUUUCUAGACCAGUGCUUCUAUUUUGGGGGGCAAAAAUUACAAGCAACAUAGUAGUCUCAUUGUGCAUUAUCCCUUCUGCUCUCGAGGAUUCUGUGUAAGUUAUUCUGUUGUUGCUUUUUCUGGGAUUUAUAGAAUCUGGGCACGAAUUCCAGUUGUAGGCUAUGCUAAAAACCCAGUCUGACAUAGACUACCAGUUGUCUUGUGUACAUAUAUACAACAAACUUAACUCUCUGUGUAUAUACAGUACAUAUACAGUACAAGAACACCACUUGAUUAUUAUUUAUUGCUCAUUGUUUUGUGAAAGGGUUGCAUUUAUUUUUGAUAUUAUGGUAUUUUUGGCUCAUCAGUAUAUUGGAGAAGCAAUGGCAACAGCAACUAAGAAAACUUUGAUGGACCAACUGGCUGAAUUUGUGUCAAGGAAUCCUUUUUUGGGGAUAAAAGGGUUGAAAAGGACUUAAGUUUAGGAGCACGAGUACAGGGGUUUGUGUCAUUAAUUCAAUCCCACUAACGAUAAGCACAAUUUUAUCUCUUUUGACUUUCAUAACAGAUGAUUUCAUUAUGUUUUCCUUUCUCCCAAAUCCAUCCAACAUGUCUUUAUUCAUCCAGUAGCCAUUAUGUGUAAGAUAAUUUCCCAAACUGAAAAACAUUAGCUGUGAAUCUCUGUAAGAAAUAGUGGAGAAAAAUGUUAAAUCUAGUCUGAAGGAGAAGACACAUUAUACUGCAUGUGAAUGCUACCUACAGUAAGUGCAUCUUUUUUAUUGUCUUUACGUGUUUUGUGUGAGAGGUAAAGUUCCCUUAAAGGAAGGUGUGAGUUACUUUUGUCCUUUUGCCAAAACAGUGAUAUUAACAACUCUGGCCAAAGCUGUGUAAGAUCCAAGCUCCUUAACCUUGGAUUCAACAAUGGUACCUCCUGUCUCCCCUGUCCCCUUAAUACAUGACAAGAGUAAUGUGUCAAUGCAAUAAAUUAUAGCAGAUAGUGUUCUCUACCAAAACUCCAAAGUUUGAUGUGUCCCUGAUUUGGGUCUCUCCCUCAGAGUUAGAAAAGUGAGAGAGCUGAAAGUUACCGCUGCUGUAACACAGUUCUUUCUGGCAUGCAUUCAGUUGUCUAAAUAAACAUCUCCGUUACAAAAAAA